GAACACGCGCACAAGUUCACUAGCUGUGGCUCAAAUAACAAUAAAAAUUGAAGCACGGUAGGGUGGCAUGGCCUGCCAGUUCUUGUUGAAAAUCAAACUUAUUUCAUCAGCCUAAGCAAAUAUUUAGUCCUAGAUAAACUAAAUCAUAAGAAGUAAAAGCUUUGUAGGCUUUCGCGUCAUACCUAACAAGUUUCAACAGAUUUGGGUAAAAUGUUAUCUAAAAGGAUACAUAGGUCAUUUUGGAUGACCAGAAGCUUUAAGAAACUAAAUAUGUGUUUCAUUUUGUUCUGUUUGGUCACUUUCUAUCAAGUUGAUGCAAUCCAUGUAGCUGAUGGUUUCCGCACCUUGGGUGGAUGCUCACAGCCAGAAGUCGUGGUGAAUGGCUCCAGAAUGCUAGAUAGAGGUGGAAUAGACUUUGGAAGUAUCCAAGAGGUCCAGUUUUUUGGAAUUAUUGGGCCUUUUGGAUACAAACGUGUUUGUAAAAUUAGAUGCACGGAUGGAGCUUGGGUAGGACCUCUGUGCGCCGUUGAUGAAGAUAACAAAAUGUUUCAGCCAUUAUUGAGACAAUGUGUUCUACGGCCUACAGAUGCUGAGUUAGUUAUAAGCUACGAAGGGAAGGUUCUCACUUUGGAUCAAAAGAUUAGACUGCCUCAUGGAAUCAAACUGAGCAUGCGCUGUAGCGAAGUAGGAAUGUACAAAUUUAUUGGCAAUAAGACUGUUGAGUGCACGAAUGGACAAUGGAGUUCACCAUUUCCACAUUGUUUUCCAACUACGUUACAUACAAAUUUUUCAGACGAAGCGCCACCUACAAUCACGUAUAACGUGGCAGCUGGAGACCUAGACGUGACAAUGGAUGGUCGUAUGGUGAUUUUACCGAACAGUACAGUGCAUUUUGACUGCUUAUUUCAUCGAGAACGUGGACAUCCUGAAUGGACCUGGACAACUGAAAAUCGACAGUACCCUUGUGGCUGGGCAAUCUCUGAAGAAGAACGAAGUUGGAAAUAUCGCUUGUCAAUCUAUUACGCUUCUGCUAUAGAUACGGGGACUAUAACAUGCAAGACACCUCGCGGACAAGAUAACUCCAUCGAAAUUAUUGUUAAGGAUCUCAGUUGUCCACCGAUAUCAUCCAUAGACCACAAGCGUGUAAUGGCAAUUGAAGGGACUCGGCUUCACAGUAAAGCUAGAUUCGCUUGUGUGGAGGGAUAUGUGCUUCGAGGAGAAGAAGAGAUAACCUGUACAGCCGUCGGGAGAUGGUCUCAUGCAGUGCCCGUUUGUGAAGUUAUUCAGUGUCCACUUAUCGUAACGGAAUCACCUCACCUCAUUAUUAGCACACGUAACCAUACCUUCGGUACAAAUGUAAACUUUUCCUGCCUUACGGGUUAUAGAUUAGUUGGGCCCUCAACCGUAACAUGUCUGAGGAACGAGACUUGGUCAGAUUCGCCACCAGUUUGCGAAGUAAUUAAAUGCAAGCCACCAGUACCACCAGCGAACGGUCGAAUUUUGGACGAAGGACGCUACCUACCGGCCAAUGUAGUAACCUACACGUGUCACAUUGGGUUUGUUUUAAUUGGAAGCUCUUUCACUAUGUGUAAUACUGAUGGCCAGUGGUCGCACCCUCCACCCUUAUGCAGACCAGCCUGUGAAUUUCCUGGUCAACCUUCUAACGGACGUGUGUUGCCUACUAAAUUCCAGUACGAUAUUGAUGAAUUCGUAGUUGUGAGAUGCAGCAAAGGAUUUUUUCGUCUUGGCCCCAGAAAACUCCAAUGUACUUCACUUGGACAUUGGUCUAGUUCAUUGCCUCAUUGCAGGCCGUACAGGGAUAAAUUACUCGGUUGUUGCGGUAUGAAAAAGACACGUCUGGAACGCCAGAAUUCUGAUGUCCUUCCACACACCCAGUUGCCCAAUCAAAAUGAUUCAUAUCCUAUUGUCGCUAUUGUUGGUGGAUAUUUUGCAACACCACAUAGCUGGCCAUGGGCUAUUGCAAUUUUUAUAAAGCCUUAUUCCUCUGAAACAAUUGGAUGUGGUGGAGCGUUAAUCAACCAGAAGUACGUACUUACUGCUGCUCACUGUGUAGUGGAUGCUGACAAACAGAGAAAACCAUCUGAACUGUUUGUAAAGGCUGGUGCUCACAACCUUCUCAACUCCGGUACAGAUUUUCAAGUUUCAAAGGUGAUAGUUCACCAGGGCUAUAAGUCUAGCGUAGCCUACCACGACAUUGCGUUGUUAAAGUUAUCUGUUGAUAUUACUUACAACGAUAUUAUCAAACCGAUCUGUCUCCCUGUUGGUCGCUUAGCCUACCAGGAUUUUGAAGGGCGACUUGCAACUGUUGUGGGAUGGGGCGAUACAUCAUAUGGUGGUACUUCAAGUGAUAUUCUUCAGGAGAUCAAGUUACCAAUUGUGAAUUUCAGAGACUGUAAUAUAGCUUAUCAGCAGAUAUUGAGGCAGAACUUGCCUUACGGAAUUACAGAUCGGUUAAUAUGUGCUGGAUAUAAGGAAGGAGGAAAGGAUGCUUGCCAGGGUGACUCAGGAGGUCCUUUGAUGCUUCAGGACCAAAACACAGGAAGCUGGUUAUUAGAAGGGGUCGUUUCUUUUGGUUAUCAAUGUGCUAGGCCUAACACUCCUGGAGUCUACACUCGGGUUUCUUCUUACAUGAACUGGAUUAGCGCUAAUGCUAUUUGAAAUAAAUGUUUGUAUUUUACACUCUUUAUAAGGAAAAUGUAAUCAUAUGCAAUGUUAAAUUUAUUCUCAUACUAAAUAAAUUAUUAAACAACGGUAUCCAGGAUCAUUUCACAAAAUGGAGUUUUGUGAUUUGCUAAGAUGUUUAAAUAUAAAAUGUAACAAUAAUGUAGAUUUAUUAAACAUUUCAGCGUGUAAGCAAGAGUAUAAAAACGUUAAACAUCUGAGUGCUAUCCAGUUAUUUACUGAAGGGAAAAUCGUAACUGUCAAAGACACUACGACAUUUUAACAAAUAAAUGAUCGUUUUUGAAAUGUUAAGGAUUCUAUUCCUGAUCAU